CUAAGGGAUCGCGUUGGGUGAUUACUGCUUUAUUCGCGCAUCCACCAUUACGCCUUAAUGCUUAGGGUGCCAUCCAUGAAAGGUUGGGCUCCCUGUGUCCCUUUCAGCGGUGCACCGCAAAUGCAAGAUGGCGGUGGACGAGUUGGAAAUGCAUUCUUUACCUUCUGAUUUUCCAAUGUUCAAGUAACUAAAACCAUGGAAUUCAAAUAUAGACCACAACUUAUAACCUACAGACCAUCUCUUUUUCAUGAUAAUAUUGAAACAAAGGAGGAACAGUGUUAAUUUCUAGUGAAGUGUUGGUAGGCAUGUUGAUUGCUUGGCGAAGAGGCUUACAAAUAUUGUCGUUGAGCCAAAAAAUCCUUGGUUUACCAGCUAAAUUUGGCCCAGAGCUCUUCUUACCAAGAUUAUUGUCCAACAAAUACCAUAAAGUAUUGGAUCAGCAUAUUCAAAAUAUCUUACAACAGCAUGACACUAUUAACCAAAGAUUAUCCUCACCUGAGAAACUUUCUCCAACUGAGCUCAAAGAUCUUUCCAAAACACAAGCAGAAAUAUCUCCACUGGUAAAAUUAUUCAAAGAAACUCGAAGAAAGAAGAAGGAUUUGGAAGAACUGAAAAGUUUUGUACAAGAAGGUGGAGAACUGGGAGAAAUGGCAGAACUUGAGCAAAGGGAGUUAAUCAAGGAAAUUGAGAAAUCAGAGGAGGAAAUAGUAAAGGCUCUUAUUCCUAAAGAUGAGGCUGAUGAAAAUGAUGCUAUCCUGGAAGUCAGAGCUGGAGCAGGAGGCCAUGAAGCUUCUCUCUUUGCUUUCCAGAUCUUUACUAUGUACCAAAGGUUUGCUUCCUACCACAAUUGGAAAAUAAAUGUGAUAAACAUAAGUACAAACGACAGUGGGGGAUACAAGGAUGCUUCAGCCAGCAUUUCAGGAGCUGGAGUCUUUGGGAAAAUGAAAUUUGAAGUUGGAACUCAUCGUGUCCAGCGAGUACCUGUCACAGAAUCUAUGGGAAGAGUACACACUAGUACAAUGACAGUUGCUGUUCUGCCACAGCCUAAAGAAAUUGACAUUUCCAUCAACCCAAGUGACCUCAAAGUUGAAACAUUCCGUGCUUCUGGUGCAGGAGGCCAGCAUGUUAACAAGACAGACAGCGCUGUGCGCAUAACUCAUCUUCCAUCUGGUAUGGUUGUUAGUUCCCAAGCAGAACGCUCACAAUUUAAGAACAAAGCAUAUGCUUUACAAGUUUUAAGAUCUCGUUUGUAUGAUAUACAAAGACAACAAGCUGUAUCUGAACAGGACCAAACUCGUAGAUCACAGAUUGGCACUGCUGAAAGGUCUGAGAAAAUAAGAACUUACAACUUUCCACAGGAUCGUGUAACAGAUCAUCGGAUGGGUUUAAGCUUACAUGGAGUAAAGGAAUUCCUUAAAGGUGAGGAUAAGCUGGAGGACAUGAUAAAUGCUUUACGAACACAAAGUGAGUCUGAAGCAAUGCAGAACUUAUUAAUAAAUAUUCAACUACAGCAAAAAGCUGACAUCAAAUACAUGACAAUACAAGAUUACUACAAUAUCUGUCAAAUUUAAUUUUGCCACUUUUUAUGACUG